AUGGCUACUGCUGACAUUAUUCAAGCUGAAGAGUUAAAUAAACAAUCUUAUGUAGAUGAUGGUUGUUCUUCUGUAAGUAAGAUAGAAAAACAGACAACAAUUCUCAGUUCAAUAACAAAUAUUCCAAAACAAGAAUUUAUUAUUGAAAAAAAGAAAUAUUCUUUAAAUGAAUCAGAAACAAUACGAGAAGUUCGAAUCCGUAGUCUUUCUCAUUGGCCACAUUUCAUACCAAGUAAUCAAUCAAUGAUAUCUGCUGGUUGGUUUUCAUGUAAUGUUAAUGAUCGAGUUAUUUGUAUAUAUUGUAAUACAAUUUGUCAUGAAUGGACAAAUAAUGAUGAUCCAAUUGAAGUUCAUAAAAGACUUUNGAAAUAA